AUGUCGUCGAAGGAAGAGCCGGCGCAGGCGCCAGCGACCGUUUCACCGGCGGAGUCGGGACGACCACCACCACCACCACAGAUUCCCCAGCAGCAGCAGCAGGCACCAGCACCACAGCAGAUACAACAUCAGCACCUUCCAUCGCAUCAGUAUCACCAGGGACAAGUGAUUUAUCAACAGGGAUAUCCGCCCAUGCACCAUUAUCAACAACAGGGGACCACUUGGAUUCCACAUCCACCUCAAGCUACUGUAAGACAUCUUCACUGUUUUUCAGAAUGAACUAGUAUACAGAUUUGUUGAAACAAAGACAUUUUUCAGGUCCACUACGUCCAGUAUGCUCCACAACAAGACCUAGGAGCCUACCACGACAAGGUGCAAGGAUACAAUCACUACGGGACCGUUCAUUAUGCACAGCCAAUGGACAACGGCGAAAUGAUGAUGCGCGGACCUCAACCAUACAUGCAACCGCAAUUUGUUGCGGUUAGUUGACAACUCCCAACCGAUUUACAAUUUCUGGUUUCAGACACCUCAAUGGUACCCGCCUGGUCAACCACAGCUAGCGCAGUUUAUUCCCUCCUACGCAACUAAUUUCAACGUGGCAAAUGUGGGUUUUGGUGUCGUCAACGCAUAGAGGAGAGUGUUACUGGCUUUCUGUGAGCGACGAGCUCAUUUAGCAUUUUGCACAAACGACAUACAUUACGUCACAAAAACGAAAACCAGAUGACGUUUAUUGUUGUGUUUGUGUUUGUGACAGUGAGCAUUCGCAUUCAGGACCCGACCUACCACCCGAAUCACCCGAUGAACCAAUCCGUCGCCGCACAACGCGACGACUUCCAAGGUGGCGGUGACGCGUCCAACGGAUACAUGCAAUUCGUGCCAUUUGUAGCGCCGAUCGGAAUGAUGGAGAGCCAGGCGCACGUAUCUGCUUCCUACACGGCUAAUUGGGUGAGCUCGACUUCGAGUAUUCCGCCCGAGAUGAAGGAUGCACCGGAGGUCAGUAAUUUGUCAUGAGAUUGGACUAGUCGUAGAGAAAAAGAGAAAGAGAGAGAGAGAGAGAGUGAGAUGAAAUUGAGAAAAGAUGGAUCUUUUUGAAAAAUAAUGACCAUUCUGUUAAAUCUCAAACAUUUCUGGGUAUUUCCUGUUGAAUAAUAGCUUUUGCGGAUGAGUGAGGAUUACUGUAGCGGCAAUGCAAAAAAUACACUUUACUAUUUCAGUUAUUCCAGGAAAGUUUUCAGCAGGACAAUAUUAUGCAACUCGACAUCCAGCGCCCUUCCAGCCAAUUAAACGGAGAUAAUUGGACUGAGCGCGACGAGCACUUCUCUCCAUCCGCAACUUCCGCAGGAGUUGGAGCUGCCGGAGCCACGGCCCAUUAUCAUUCCUCUCAGCAAUCUGCCAACUUCCGUCACAGCCAAUCUUCGUCGUCCCAGCAGCCGACGGACAACAAGUCGGGAUCAGUGGAGAACAAAAAGACGGCAAAACCGUUGAAAAAUGCAAGGAGUGACAGGUACUCCAUCCUUCAACGUCUGAAUUUCCAAUUAUUCUUCUUGAAGGAACGAAGAGAAACGUGAAUUGACAUUUGACGAGCGGUUGGAGAAGGCGCGAAUGCAGAAGGAUCGCGUCGAAAGCAUUUCCGAGUCGGGUCCGAAGACUUCUUCCAUGGCUGCCGGUGCUCCGCAAACUGUUUCUACUCAACGUUCCAACGGACAGCAGAAAAGGGAACCGGAGAAGGAGGCGAAUGGAAGCGGCAGCGGAAGCGGAAGCGGCAGCGUGGCCUUGGCCGUGGGCGUCGGCGCGAGCGUGGGCGUCAGCGGCGGUGGCAGCGCUAGGAGCGAAGGAUAUAACAAUAACAACAAUAAUAGCCACAAUAAUGGUCGCGGCCGCAACAAUCAUCAUCAUCAAAAUGGGAACAACACUCAUAAUGGGGCCGGUGAAGAACAACUGCGACAGAGAAGUCAACCGCCACGUCAGCAACAUCAACAACAGUUUGCGAAUCAGAAUCAGAAUCAGAAUCCAGUGCGCGGAAGUGAGCCGCAACAGGAACAACGGGAACUACCGCCAAGACGGGAAUACAAUCAAGCUAAUCGAUACGAGGUAAGGAUGGGAAAACUCUACUCAACUCUCGACCAUGCAUCACUUUUUUCAGUAUAACCCACAAAACCAACAGUUCAACAGGGCUCCAAACCAGAACCCGGUCCAGAAUCAAGCGGAAACGUAUCGCCAACCGGGCUAUCGAGGUGGACGUGGUGUCCGUGGUGGCGUUAACUCAACGCCACGUGGAAGAGGAAGCUAUCAACCGAACUAUCAACGUGGCGGACAUCUGCCCAACACGUACAUGGUCCCAUCCCACUUGGUCGAUCCUCAACUUCUGGCCACAAUCAAUGCCUUCCAAAACACACGUAUCAACUAUGUACCUGGAGUGCGCCAUUAUUCCUUGCUGCCGGGACCGUUUGGAAUGCAAAUGCAACAAGACGCUAAAUUUCGCAAUACUUGGCUGGACGUGGCAAACUAUCCGCCGCCACUCAUUCCCUAUUUUGCUCCGGACAAUCGCAUGAUGCGCGGAGGGCCGUCGACGUCUUCCUACAGAGGAGGACGUGGCCGAGGCGGAUUCCGAGGAGGCCACAGGGGAGGAUACAAUAGCGGUUACAACGAGAACGCGGCGGGAUCUUCGAGACAAGCACCAAAUCCAGCGGAAAACAAUUCGAGAGAGGUGAAGGGGAAAAAGAAAUCGCCGGUGAGAGAGAACACGCAGGAGAAGGUGGAGGAUACGCCAAAGGAGUCGGAACCAUCAGUGUAAGUGCUAAUUUUGAACACUUCUCGUGAAAUUUAUUACUAAAUCUGUCAAUUUCAGAUCUGCCAAUCCUGCGCUCGCGCCUGUGCCUGUCAAGGAAGAAGCUGAAUCGUCAUCGGAGAAAGCAUAA